AUGGCGGUGGCACUGGCUAUUCCAGUGGCACAAGCUGUGGCUAUGGUUACAGUUCUGGCUGCGGUGGUUAUGGUUCCGGUGGCUAUGGCUAUGGCCCAGCUUGCAUGCCACCAUGCAGUUACGGUUACCGGUACAGUCGCAGAGGGGGCUGCUAUGACCCCAGUGCCUACAGGUUGGGGUACGGAGCUCGGCUCAACUCUCCUUCAAGAAGACAUGGCGGAAGCUAUCGAGGAAGCUGUGGUGGAAGCUAUGGAGGAGGUUAUGGAGGAUGCUAUGGAGGAGGCUAUGGAGGAGGCUAUGGAGGAGGCUAUGGCGGAAGUUGCGGAUGGCCCUGCUAAUCCCAGCAAGAGCACCCAUGGGUUCAAAGGCGGAGCAGCAAAUCCAGGGCUAAACAUGAUUUCAGAAAGGCUGAGGACGAACAAACCCCUUCCAUUGGUUUCGUGA